UGGCCUCUCUCCACACUGGCUCCCCGUGAGGGCAUGAAGAACUGGUUGAAGGGAAGAAAGAGAGCAAGGCUGUUAAGUCUCAUACAGGGUACCACAGUAGAUGACAUCGAUCCAUUGUGUGGUUUGGUCAGAGUAGCGCAGAGGAAAACAGAGUGCACUGUAGCCCCAGUAGCAAUGGAGGACAAUGACCAUGAUGCCCACUCAUCAUCAGAUGACCAGGACUCCACCCCACCAUCCCCUGGCCCCGCCAGACUCCAUCACCAUGAGGCCGAACAGGCCCCUCAGCACUCGAGCCACUCUAAGGACGACUCGGAAGAUUCUGAGUUGGAGAACAUCAUGCUGCAAGACCCCCACCCACCUCCGCCUGGCUACAGCCCUACCCAUGGGCAUCCACACCCAGUGGACCGGGAGGCAGAGGGUGGGGACAGCCCUCCCAACACCCCCGGGACCCCCACCUUUUUGCGGCCUCCCACAGCGGGUGGCAGGGCCAAGUCAGAACCGGAGGGCGUAGGCAGGCUGCAGUUGGGUGAAGGUGUAGGUGGGAUGGUGGAUCACUAUGACAUGCAGUCUCCCCUUAGCCCCACCAGGCCCAAGAGCCCAUGGGGCCGCUUUGACCCGUACGACUUUCCAGAGGACCAAGACAAGGAAUAUGUGGGCUUUGCCACACUGCCCAAUCAGGUUCACCGCAAGUCUGUGAAGAAGGGCUUUGACUUCACCCUGAUGGUAGCUGGGGAGUCUGGUCUUGGCAAAUCCACCCUGGUCAACAGCCUCUUCCUCACAGACCUCUACAAGGACAGGAAACUGCUCAACGCUGAAGAGCGGAUCACUCAGACUGUGGAGAUCACUAAGCACACGGUAGAUAUUGAGGAGAAGGGCGUCAAGCUGAAGCUAACCAUCGUAGACACCCCUGGCUUUGGAGACGCUGUCAACAACACUGAAUGCUGGAAGUCAGUGGCGGACUACAUUGACCAGCAGUUUGAGCAGUACUUCAGGGACGAGAGUGGGCUGAACAGGAAGAACAUCCAGGACAACAGAGUGCAUUGCUGCCUCUACUUCAUCUCUCCCUUCGGACAUGGUCUGAGGCCUCUGGAUGUGGAGUUCAUGAAGGCCCUUCAUGAGAAGGUCAACAUUGUGCCAAUCCUUGCCAAGGCGGACACACUCACACCAAAUGAGGUCAAGAAAAAGAAAUUCAAGAUCCGAGAGGAGAUUGAGCAGUAUGGUAUUAAGAUCUAUCAGUUCCCAGACUGUGACUCUGAUGAGGAUGAGGACUUCAAACAACAGGAUCAGGAGCUGAAGGACAGCAUACCGUUUGCAGUGAUCGGCAGCAACACAGUGGUGGAGGCCAAAGGGAAGAGGGUCCGGGGCCGUCUCUACCCCUGGGGCAUCGUGGAAGUUGAGAACUCGGCGCACUGUGACUUUGUGAAGCUGAGGAACAUGUUGGUGAGGACACACAUGCAGGACCUGAAGGAUGUGACACGGGAGACCCACUAUGAGAACUACAGGGCUCACUGCAUCCAGAGCAUGACCCGCAUGGUGGUGAAGGAACGCAACCGCAAUAAACUGACCAGGGAGAGCGGCACUGACUUCCCCAUCCCAGUCAUACCAGGGGCCAACGACACCGAGACGGAGAAACUGAUCCGAGAGAAAGAUGAAGAGUUGCGGCGAAUGCAAGAGAUGCUAACAAAGAUCCAGGAACAGAUGCACACGCAGAAGGAGGCCUAUUAACCCAGGCUACACUUAGUACCCCUGUACAGACCACCCCCUACCUAGUACUACUCAACUCCAGCCCAGACAACCCCGACACCCACCACUCCUUAUUUAGUCAAUAACCCUCAGUAUCAGAGACUGAUCCCAGACCUGGCAUGAGACCUUCAUAGACGGGAGGUGACCGCGAGAGGCUACCUCCUCUGUCAACAACUUGGAAGUCCUGUGUCUUCACACCUGUUGUUGAAACUGUGUGUAGUAACAGCAGGUGCCACCGUCAAAUGCCCAAGGUAGAACACGUCACCUGACCAGACGGCACAGAUAUAACCAUCAUGUUGUCGCAGUAGGGGUGUGGCCAGGUACCGCCCGCCCGCCCGCCUCCCACCUCUUGUUUACCUUUGUUCUUGUCAAAAGAUAACUUGUUGCCUUCCAGUUAGUUGCUAACACUUCAAUAUCCCUUGAUGUUUUCGCUGUUGAACCCUAACUGGGACUUUGGUAGAGGGCUAGACUGGGGCAUGUUGUUCAGUCCCUUAGCCACGUGUUGGGACUUGUGUCUUGUAACGUUAGAGUAAGUUUAGAUGUGGGGUCUUGACAAACCUAGACGAAGCAGGGUGCGGGGCUGUGCACGUGAGGCUGGCGUACCCAGAUUUUUCGUGUCUUUUGUGUCGUGCACAAUGUCCCCCUAAGAGCAUUUAUGGAAGGUCAGUAAUGCAAAUGGACACAAAUACAAUGUAACUGUUUUCUUUUUUUUUUACUACAUAAUGUUACAUUUGUAAACAUCUUUUGUUAAUAGGAAUGCAGCUAUCACUAUCACUAGCCUAACUGCUUUAUUUGUAUUGCUACACAGAAGAGCAAGACAUUUGUUGUUGUAAAAUGUUUUUCACAUUUCUUUUUUUUUAUUUCAACUAAUAUGAAUUAAAUACUGUAGGGCAUUUUUUGUAAAUAUAUGUUGAGGCCUAGCUAAUUUCCUUUCCUAGCUAAUUUCCUUUCCUAGCGAAUUUCCUUUCUUAGCGAAUUUCCUUUCCUAGCUAAUUUCCUUUCCUAGCUAAUUUCCUUUCCUAGCUAAUUUCCUUUCCUAACUAAUUUCGUUCACUCUUCCAAUUCCAACAUGAGUUGUUUGUUCUUUUUAAGUGAAAAAGGAAACUAAUUACAGUUCAGAUAUCUGUAAUGAGCAUUUGAGAGUUUGCUGGAAUAUAGUUGACUUGCAGCUCUCCAGGGUCGUGUUUAAGGUAAUUAACUUGGAUCAUAUUUUCUACUUAGCCAACAUAUCCAGCAUUUACAUGAAUGGGGUCAUGCCAAAAAGCAGAGCCUGGGUUGUGAUAAAAUCUCGGUCCAAUUUGACUCAGGCAGUUGUCUAACUCCUGAUCUAAAAAUGAACAUGAUUCAAGGAAGAGAAAAGAGUAGGCCUAGUCUUGAGCUUACAAAGUUGCCAGCCAAGACAUGCUGGCCUGGGGACCAUAAAGACUAGAGAAAGCUCUUGUCCUUACCAGGGGGCACCUCUCCAGAACCUUUUCCCUCACAGCUGAAUCCUGAAGCUGAAUAUCCCCAGGAAACUGAGAUCAAAUGCUUGGCUUUAGCUAAGAUUUAGCUAAAUAGACAUUUGACCACUUAAACCUAUCAAUUAUCAAUUAUAAAACUUGAACUUUUAUUCAACUGACAUUGAGAUACGUGGAGGAAUACCACCAAAAUGUGUGUGAGGUAGAUAAUGUGGUAUUGCAGACCUGGAUUCAUCUAGCUUCACUGAAUGAGAACCAUUCUACAGAGUUGGAGGUUGUUGAGGGAUCCUGCAGAGCAGCCUUCUGUUUGAGCAUCUGAACAAGAUGGCCUACAGAUGGCCUAGAGAUGGCCUAGAGAUAGUGAAUAAAUGGGCAGAAGCUUUGGGACCAGAAACAGCCACGUCACUCUGUAGGAUGUAAUGGGCUAGAGAAUGACUGGGUUAAUUUGGUAGCUUUGCUCAUUCCAGAUCUUGUCUACGUUCUGAUUGUGUUUUUUCUGAAGAUUAAGACAUAGUUUGAUCAGAUCAUGUAAGUGUGAACAUACUAUCAGGAAAAAAUCAGGUGGAAUGAGGCAAGUAUAAAUGGGGCUUUAAAUUGGAGCCAGCUUAUCUUUGUCUAGGUAUCUGAAGUAGCAGGCAUUCAUCAUUUAUACUUUACCUCAGACUUUUUCCUCAAGACUUCUUGAUGAUGACAUUGAUUGUGUGAACUGAAAGGAAUCAAAUAGUGUACAUGAAGUAGAUGCAUCUGAGUGCGUAGUUUUGGUAUUAGAGUAGCUACAAUGCCACAUUUUAUACCACUGGGAAGUCAACACUUCAUCCUCCAACUUCAGUAUGUUCAUGUCAACUGGAAGCUAUUUUUUUGCCAGUUAAAAGCAGAGGGAAAUAAGCAGAUAUUUCUUUUAGGUAUUUCCACUCCCAUGUACUUCUUUUAAUCAAAAACAUUGUUUUGAAACAAAUGGUGUGCUACUUUGGUCUUCCAAAUCAUUUAGCAUUGUUCAUCACUGAAUAAGAGGAAUAUUUAACUAUUAUUUUGUUGUAUUAUUAAUCAAAUGCAGAUGUCAGAGGUCAUUCACACAGAACAAGCAAUGAGGUAUGAUGGAUGUGAAAUUUCUUUAAGUGAUGAUGCAAAAAUAAAUGAAGUCUUGAUGUUUCUAA